AUGGCCUGUGGAGAACACAUAGAAACUUUAAUGGACACCAGGACGGCUACUGCAGAGCUGGGCUGGACCGCCAAUCCUGCAUCCGGGUGGGAAGAAGUCAGUGGCUACGAUGAAAAUCUGAACACCAUCCGCACCUACCAGGUGUGCAAUGUCUUCGAGCCCAAUCAGAACAACUGGCUGCUCACCACCUUCAUCAACCGGCGGGGGGCCCACCGCAUCUACACGGAGAUGCGCUUCACUGUGAGGGACUGCAGCAGCCUCCCCAACGUCCCAGGCUCCUGCAAGGAGACCUUCAACUUGUACUACUAUGAGACUGACUCCGUCAUUGCCACCAAGAAGUCGGCCUUCUGGUCCGAGGCCCCCUACCUCAAAGUGGACACCAUUGCGGCAGAUGAGAGCUUCUCCCAGGUGGACUUCGGGGGAAGAUUGAUGAAGGUCAACACAGAAGUCAGGAGCUUUGGGCCUCUGACACGGAAUGGUUUUUACCUUGCUUUCCAGGAUUAUGGAGCCUGUAUGUCUCUCCUUUCUGUCCGUGUCUUCUUCAAAAAGUGUCCCAGCAUUGUGCAAAAUUUUGCAGUGUUCCCGGAGACCAUGACUGGGGCGGAGAGCACAUCCCUGGUCAUUGCUCGGGGCACAUGCAUCCCCAAUGCAGAGGAAGUGGAUGUGCCCAUUAAACUCUACUGCAACGGGGACGGGGAGUGGAUGGUACCCAUCGGGCGCUGCACCUGUAAGCCUGGCUAUGAGCCCGAGAACAGCGUGGCCUGCAAGGCUUGCCCUGCAGGGAUGUUCAAGGCCAGCCAGGAAGCUGAGGUCUGCUCUCACUGCCCUUCCAACAGCCGAUCCCCUUCAGAGGCAUCUCCCAUCUGCACCUGCCGGACCGGCUACUACCGAGCGGAUUUUGACCCCCCAGAAGUGGCAUGCACUAGUGUCCCAUCAGGUCCCCGCAAUGUCAUCUCCAUCGUCAAUGAGACAUCCAUCAUUCUGGAGUGGCACCCUCCUCGGGAGACGGGUGGGCGGGAUGACGUGACCUACAACAUCAUCUGUAAGAAGUGCCGGGCAGACCGCCGGAGCUGCUCCCGCUGUGACGACAACGUGGAGUUCGUGCCCAGGCAGCUGGGCCUGACCGAGUGUCGCGUCUCCAUCAGCAGCCUCUGGGCCCAUACCCCGUAUACCUUUGACAUCCAGGCUGUCAAUGGGGUCUCCAGCAAGAGUCCCUUUCCCCCACAGCAUGUCUCUGUCAACAUCACCACAAACCAAGCUGCCCCUUCCACUGUUCCCAUCAUGCACCAGGUCAGUGCCACCAUGAGGAGCAUCACAUUGUCAUGGCCACAGCCGGAGCAACCCAAUGGCAUCAUCCUGGACUAUGAGAUACGGUACUAUGAGAAGGAACACAAUGAGUUCAACUCUUCCAUGGCCAGGAGCCAGACCAACACCGCGCGGAUUGACGGCCUGCGGCCCGGCAUGGUGUACGUGGUACAGGUGCGCGCCCGCACCGUGGCCGGCUAUGGAAAGUUCAGCGGCAAGAUGUGCUUCCAGACCUUGACGGACGAUGAUUACAAGUCUGAGCUGCGGGAGCAGCUGCCCCUGAUCGCUGGCUCAGCGGCAGCUGGGGUGGUGUUUGUGGUGUCCCUGGUGGCCGUCUCCAUCGUCUGCAGCAGGAAACGUGCUUACAGCAAAGAAGCUGUGUACAGUGAUAAGCUCCAGCAUUACAGCACGGGCCGAGGCUCCCCAGGGAUGAAGAUCUACAUUGACCCCUUCACUUACGAGGACCCCAACGAAGCUGUCCGGGAGUUUGCCAAGGAGAUUGAUGUCUCUUUUGUGAAAAUCGAAGAGGUCAUCGGAGCAGGAGAGUUUGGAGAGGUGUACAAGGGGCGUUUGAAACUUCCAGGCAAGAGGGAAAUCUAUGUGGCCAUUAAGACGCUGAAGGCUGGGUACUCAGAGAAGCAGCGACGGGACUUUCUGAGCGAGGCGAGCAUCAUGGGGCAGUUUGACCAUCCCAACAUCAUCCGCCUGGAGGGUGUGGUCACCAAGAGCCGGCCGGUCAUGAUCAUCACGGAGUUCAUGGAGAAUGGCGCUUUGGAUUCUUUUCUCAGGCAAAAUGACGGACAGUUCACGGUGAUCCAGCUGGUGGGGAUGCUGAGGGGCAUUGCCGCGGGCAUGAAGUACCUGGCGGAGAUGAACUACGUGCACCGGGACCUAGCUGCAAGGAACAUUCUGGUCAACAGUAACUUGGUGUGCAAGGUGUCCGACUUUGGCCUUUCCCGCUACCUCCAGGAUGACACCUCAGAUCCCACCUACACCAGCUCCUUGGGAGGCAAGAUCCCCGUGAGAUGGACGGCUCCAGAGGCCAUCGCCUACCGCAAGUUCACGUCUGCCAGCGACGUCUGGAGCUACGGGAUUGUCAUGUGGGAAGUCAUGUCAUUUGGAGAGAGACCCUACUGGGACAUGUCCAACCAAGAUGUCAUCAAUGCCAUCGAGCAGGACUACCGGCUGCCCCCUCCCAUGGACUGCCCAGCUGCUCUACACCAGCUCAUGCUGGACUGUUGGCAGAAGGACCGUAACAGCCGGCCCCGCUUUGCAGAGAUUGUCAACACCCUGGACAAGAUGAUCCGGAACCCGGCAAGUCUCAAGACUGUGGCUACCAUCACCGCCGUGCCUUCCCAGCCCCUACUCGACCGCUCCAUCCCAGACUUCACAGCCUUCACCACCGUGGAUGACUGGCUCAGCGCCAUCAAGAUGGUCCAAUACAGGGACAGCUUCCUCACUGCCGGCUUCACGUCCCUCCAGCUGGUCACCCAGAUGACAUCAGAAGACCUCCUGAGAAUAGGGGUCACCUUGGCAGGUCAUCAGAAGAAGAUCCUGAACAGCAUUCUGUCUAUGAGGGUCCAGAUGAGUCAGUCACCAACGGCAAUGGCAUGA